CAAGCGCUACCUCUGCGGAACCAUCGAUCGAACUUCUGCGCCAGACGAAGAUGGUCGAGAACGCGACUCCAUACGGGUGUUGCCAUUACUGCAAACAGUACGGACACUUCCUUGCUAGAUGCCCUCUGCUAGGACGCGACGAUGGCAUCAUCUUUGGCACGCCGAUCGGUCGACCUCCGGUGAUAAACCCUCAGUUUGCUCCAAGUGCUCCUCCGCUCCCAUCACCUCAGGCUGCCAUCGUUCCAGCUUGGUCAAGAUCGCCAUCCCCAGCACCCUCGGCGUCAAACGCGAUUGUGCCUUUCCAACCGAGAGGAACCAGUGCGCAGUUUGGUGGCGAGGGAGGAUGGAAUAACAGAAACAAUCCUGGUGAGAUAGCACUGUUCCUAAGGGAGUUAGUGAAUGGUGACAGGGAAAAGAGGGAACGACGAAGAGAGUUGGAGGAGAAAAAGGCGAAAGAAGAGCAAGACGCUAAGGCGAAAGAAGAAAGGCAAAGACGUAAGGAUGAAGAGAGAAAAGAGAUUGACAGAGAAGAACAUAUGGCAAAACUGUUCGCGGAACAGUAUGCUGCAAUGGAGAAAAAGAAAGGUGAAGACACUGGAUUUAAGAGGGAUCCGGCAAAAGGCAAGGAGAAGGCCAAUAUCGAGGGAACGAAGGCGGAAGAGAAGAUAAAGGCGGUACCAACCACACUCCUUCGUCCAGCAGGCCUACAGGCAGACUGGCGGAAGUAUUCACCUCCGUGGCCGGUCACGCCCGACGAGUCUCGGGCUCCUUCUCGGCAGCACGGUCCUCCAGCCUGGGGUUCGAUAGAGUUCGGGAAGGAAAAAAAGGUCGUGGUCGCUUCGACGAGCAAAGAAGGGAGAAAACAGUACUUCGCUGACAUGAAAAAGGAACUAAUGAAGGAGUACAAAGCCGAUCUUGAGGUCCUGUGUGGCAAGGACAACAUCAAGUACAUCAACAAGAAACAAGCGGUACUCGAGCUCACCAUGCUUCGAACACGAGAAGCUUACGACGAUGCCGAGGAAGAAAAUGAUGAGGAGCUCCUCAACGGGACAAGGUUCGAUUAGCAAGAGGAGAAUCCCUCCUAAUAUCCUUUUGGGAUAAAGGGUGGCUAUGGCA